GCAGAGAGAGACGGAGAGCGAGGGAGACAGCGGCGAGGAGGCAGCUCAUCACAUCACGCGCCGUUUUGCAUCCCUUAAAAAAUCUUGACGAGCGUGAAUCGCUGCAUGUACAGACUGCUGCUGCUGUGACCGCCGAGCUUUUCCCGGUCACUGCUCUUCACUGAGGAGCCGCAGAGGAGACACGUGCAAGCUGGAAUCAAAUCAGUAACAAAUACUUAAAAAAAAAAAAAAAAAAACACCCACAUCAACACAAACACAGAUACUGGCAGAGGCUGCGCGCGAGAGGAGCGUUUUGAAACCUUGCGAGGUGGAACCGAGUCUUCUUCUUCCUGCACAUCUGGAUCAGUGAUGUGAAAGCGCGCCCAGACUGAAGGCUCAGCUGGUUUUUGGAGAGAGAGAGAGAGAGAGAGUGAGAGAGAGAGAGAGAGAGAGAGAGGUCCUCCAUCUGCAGAGGGACAAGCUCCCACACCAGCACUAGAACAUGAGGGAGCAAGAAAAGAGGAGCUCCUCAAAUCACAGAUGCAGAUGGCCAUAGAAGACAUGAGCACCAGCAAAUCUGGCAUCAGGACAACUUUAAUUUGCCAAUAAACAUAACAAAUCAAAUGUUCCCCCUAAUUAGAAAAUUCAUAGUGUUUACCUGGAGACUCAAACUGCCAAACAAGUGAUACAUCCCACUCCUGGGUUCAUUUCUACUUGAUUCCUUAAUUUCUAACACAACCUCAAUAAAACGAUUGCAAGACAAGCUAAUACUUUACAAUGCUGUGACUUCAUUCUGACAGACACAAAUCUCCCAAAAGGCAUAAACCAAGCCAGCAUACGCUGAGAUAUAGCUAUUAAUAAGCCCCUCACUGCCUUUCAAAUGGCACUAGCCUGCAUGGAUAAAUGUUAGAUGGCAAGCAUCUGUGUUUGGCUUUCUCCAAUGGAUAUUGUGAUGACAUCCCAGAUGGCCCAGAGGACAGGACAGGGACCGCAGAGACACAGUUUGACUGGAGGUUCAUCUGUGGUCCUCUCCACAGCCAGUUCCUUCCUCUGUUGGCUUGCCCUGCUGUCAAUAAUGCGGUUACCAAUGGUAACAGCAGACUGCUGGCUGAUUGAAGGGGAGAAGGGCUUUGUGUGGCUAGCUAUCUGCAGUAUGAACCAGCCACCUUAUGAGGCCAUUCCCUCCCAUAUUAACAGCACUAUCGUGGAUCUGAGACUGAAUGAGAACAAGAUACGGUCGGUCCAUUACUCUUCACUCAGUCGUUUUGGCAACCUCACCUAUCUAAACCUCACCAAGAACGAUAUCAGCUAUGUGGAAGAUGGAGCAUUCUCAGCCCAAUUCAACCUGCAAGUUCUCCAGAUGGGCUUCAACAAGUUGAGGAACCUGACAGAGGGGAUGCUGCGAGGCCUGGGCAAGCUGCAGUAUCUCUACCUGCAAGCCAACCUCAUUGAGACUGUUACACCAAACACCUUCUGGGAGUGCCCCAACAUAGAGAAUAUAGACCUCUCCAUGAACAGGAUCCAGGUGCUGGAUGGCAGUUUGUUCUCUGGACUCUCUAAGCUGACCACCUGUGAACUUUACACCAACCCCUUCAACUGCUCUUGUGAGCUGCUGGGUUUCCUACGCUGGCUCUCAGCCUUCCCGAACAGGACCAGUGAAAGGAUGGUGUGCGACUCCCCACAGGGAUUCUUCGGAUACAACCUCCUGAGCCAGAACCCCCGUAUGCCUACCCAACGCAAUGCUCUGCACGUACUCAGUCUUGUAUGCACAGAUGAUGGCGUUACUCCCUUCUUUGUGCUUGGCUCAUCUGAUUCCACCACCCUUCCUCCAGAUUUCGCUUCUCCAUGUGGAUUGGAUGAUUGCGCGUCCGGGACCCCUCCAGAUGAGGAGAUCAGCUUAAGCCCCAUUUUCACGGAUGUCAAUCCAAUCAUGACGCUAAAGCAGGUUCAACAUUCAAGCGCUGUGAUAACAGUUCAGAUCCCUCAUCCGUACAAGAAAAUGUACAUCCUGGUGCAAUAUAACAACAGUUUCUUCACGGAUAUCAGGACUCUUAAAAACCAGAGAGAAGAUAUUGAGCUGAAUAACCUAAAAACCAACACUGACUACACAUACUGUGUGGCUUCUAUACGAAACUCCUUGCGCUUUAACCACACAUGUCUGACCUUGUCAACUGGCCGCCGUGCUGGGGCCGGAAGGACUGCCAAUCAAUCGUCAGCCACCCAUUACAUUAUGACUAUCUUAGGCUGUUUGUUUGGCAUGCUACUUAUUCUUGGGCUUGUUGUCCACUGCCUCAGGAAGAGGAGGAUAAUGGAGGAGAAGGAAAGGAAAAUGAACAGGAUCCAGAGGACUCUGAUAGAGCUCAAGUAUGGUGGAGAAGGGGAUAUAGAGGGGGGGAGUGGGGGGUCUGUCUCCCAGAAGCUUGCUGCAGGUGACAGUCUGUCCAGAAUGCCAUACCUUCCUCAGGGUGGUGAGAUAGAUCCAUAUAAGCUGCAGGAGGUGAUAGAAACACCAGCGCACAAGCCUGCUAAAAUGAACUACAUGGAGGUGAGAGGGUCCGGUAUUGAAAGGGAGAGAGAACGAGAGCGAGAGCGAGAAAGAGAGCGAGAAAGAGAGAUGUCCCCUCAAGCAAAUCCACAGGGCUCAGUAGCAGAGAUCUCUACCAUUGCUAAAGAAGUUGAUAAAGUUAACCAGAUCAUCAACAACUGUAUAGAUGCUCUCAAAUCGGAGUCUACCUCCUUUCAACAAGGGAUGAAAUCUCCCUCUUCAGCAGGUGGAGGGGCUGUUUCAACUGCAGAGCCACAGCUGGUGCUUCUUUCUGAGCAAGGAGAAAGAGGAGACAGAGGAACUGAGUUUCUUUCUCCGGUGUAUAAGGGAGGAAGGGGUGGAAGAGAUGAGAGGGGGAGAAGCUACCAUCAUUCGCUGCAGCGACACCAUAGCAUGGAAGCUCCUCCAGCCUCCAAAAGGCCCAGUACCUCCUCCUCUCCAGGUUCUGCCCGGAGCCCUCGCUCAUUUCGCUCAGAGGGAGGCUACCACUCUUCAGAAACCCGCUAUAUUGAGAGGUCCUCGCCCGGAGAGAGAGGAGAGAGAGGAGAGAGAGGAGAGAGAGAGAGGGGAGAAAGAGGUGGAGGAGGUGGAGAUUCUAUCCGUACUGUCAACCCUGCAGCAGCUAUUCUACGAGCUGAAGCCCAGAGAAUUCGCCAGUACAAUGAACAUCGCCACUCCUAUCCUGGAUCCCAACAGCACCUCCAGGACCUGCAGCACCAUCCCCAGAUUCUGCAGGAACUGCACCAUCACCCAGGCCGUAAGCCCUCUGUGUUAGAUCCGCUGACCCUUACCAGGCAGGCAAAGCAGCGAGAGCUGGCCUACUCCCAGCUCUCACCUCACUACCCACUCUCACCCCAGUAUCACAACCUCAGCUACUGUUCGAGCCCAGAAGAAGAUGAGGAGGAGGAAGGGCUCCUCUGCACCCCAACCCUCGGGCUGUGGGAGAGGUUCAAACUGCACCGCAAGAGGCACCGGCAAGCAUCCAUGGAGGACGAAGGAUACGUGGCAGCUGGGCACGCCCUUAGGCGAAAGGUGCAGUUUGCCAAGGAUGAAGAUCUUCACGACAUUUUGGACUACUGGAAGGGUGUGUCUGCACAGCAGAAAACCUGAUCCAAUAUCUGGAAACCCCAAACCCUUUGAAGAUGGAAAAUAACAACAACCGUAACAUGAUACAGAUACAGAGAAUAAUAGAAAAAUGACCUGUAAAUACAAACAAACCACGUGACUAACAGGCUCUAAAGAGUCUUUUGCACACAUACAGUAUGUCCAUACAAUACAAAAUAAAUACACAAACACUCACACACAAUGGCUAACACUUCAUCCAAACCAAGCCUUUUCUUCUGAUAACAUCAAGGAGGACCAAACUAAUAUAUUAUAUUAAAAAGCAGAAAUCAUUACUUAUAGAGAGACUGAGUUACUUUUUCUAAUGUAAUGAGAAUUAUAGCUCAGACUUAUGUAGCUAUUUGUACUAAGUUUUGAAUGAAGAAAAAAAAAAACUUGAGAACAAAAACCUUAAACUUUGCCAGGCAACCCAUCCUGAAAUGCCUGCUUUUAAUCUGCCUUGAGACUGAUAUUCAUAAAAAACCUUACAACAGCAGAUAACCUCACCCUCACAUUUCUCAUUAAGGCAGAGGAUUGCUCAAGAUUUUUGUUUUUUGCUAGGGUGGUCCUUUUUCAUCACACCCUGUGAUUCUGCAGCAAAAAAAAAAACUAUUUUGAGAAAUAAAAAAUUUGCCAUUAUUUGGGAAAUUUUAAACAUGAAAAAACAAAUUCUGGAUGGGUCGCCAGGCAACGGUAAUAUUCAACUGUGCUGAGAAUGAGUAGGUAGCUCUCAAGAGAGAGUGAGUAUAAUGUGCCAAAUCAACCAAGGGGAUAGUAGAGCCCUACUGUGUACCAACUCCUCGCCACUGUUUUUAUAUACAGAAUUUAAAAGUCCUAGAAUGAUAUGUUAUUACUAUUAAUUAUUCUUAUUACAUUACUGGUCUUCUUAUUAUUCCUAUGCUCCUCAUCAUUAAUACUCUAUCAUUUGAAUAUGGCAUGGCUCUGUCGUGUGACUGUGUUUUGACUGUUUUGAACCUCUCAGCUGAGAAGUGCGCACCAACAGAGACAAACAGUGUGAUGGACGAGACAUUUGAGUUCUUCUUUUCUACCAAGAGGAAUGUGCUCUCUAAUGAGCCAAAAACAAGGCCCUCUUCUCUCUUGGUGAAACCCUGCUACCCCUGCUCCUCAUCCUCCUGAAGAGGGAACGCUAUACAGAUGCGAGAGAAAGAAGUUCUAUAUUUGCAACAGACCUGACUGUUUUGUUUGUACAACAUGGUUUUGAAAUCUUUCAGACUUUUCAGACACCAGAUUCCCAAGUUAGUUACCUACCUGCUUACUUACAAUUGUACGUUUUUGAUUUUGAAAUCCAACUAAAAAUUCUAAUCUUCAAAUGAAUGUCUUCAAUUCCCAAAGGGGGAAACAUAUCUGCACUGUUCAAAAUCAAAAAACGACUCUUAGGAAAAGACCUGAAACUCUCAGCUUUCUUCCCGAUAUACUGUAGAUCCACUGUGUUUUAUCAACUCUUCAUUUUCUUUUCUCCUCCCAUUUUGCAGGUUUUUUUAACUUUUGAUUUUUGAAUUCCUCUGGUUCCACUGUGGUGCCGUUGUGCCAACUUGAUAAAUCACAAAAAGUAUUUGAAAGAAUUUUAAAUACUAUUUACAGACCUCUUCUCCUCUACAUUGAUACAUAUAAGUUGCCAAACAGAUCAAUUUGCACAAAACGAUCAAUCAUCAUUGGCUCACUGCUCCCGCCUAUCCUCUAAUCAUUUCUAAGACCAAAGUACUGUGGUAGUAAAUUAACCUUAAAGCCCCAGACCCGGCCCCAACUAUUUGCUCACCAUCAUCCUUACAGUUACAACUCUAGCACAUGCAUACAAAUACAUGUUCAAGUGUGUACGUGCACACGACACAACCAUAACCACACACAGAUGAAUGUAUUCUUUGAGAAAAUUAAUACUGUUUAUUAGCUGUAUUUUCUGUUUCUGAUGUACAAGCUGUUUUGAAACAGUGUCCUCAUCUCUCAGAUAGAAACUUUUUUUACAAAUGGCCUCUGGUGUUUUGAGAUUGGGGAAAAAUUAGGCAAAUUUUCCGAAACACAUCUGGCCACACCAGGCAGAUCCUAAUGGACCAGUUUGUAUCAUAAUUUCAGCCAGACGUCCACAAGGCGCCCAACAUUUUCCCUGCAGACGUCUGUUGAAGAAAUAGCAAUGGGUUUUUGCCUUAUCAAUUAUUUUUUAAGGUUCUGAAUUGUGCAGUGUUAGAAUAAAAUGUUAGUAUCACUAGCGUGAAGAAAGAGACUACGUGUGUAUCUGCAGGAUCUAAAUAACGGGGGCUGAAAAGAGGAGAAAAUGUGAUAAGAUAAAUACUGCUGUUUAUACGUUACAGAACUGUGUUAAAACAAUUAUUUAAGAAGGGUGUGAACCAGGGUUGGAGUCAGUCUCAAUUCAGUAGGUUUUGAAUUCAACAAGUUUGUUUUGACAGUAUUGACAAGAAAUUUGUAACAACAUGCUUAUACUUAGUGAAUCAAACUCACUUUGCAUUCUGGAUUGAAACAAAAAUUGACUCCAACCUUGAAACAACACUGAAAACUAAAUAAUAGAAACAAAAGAGCUGGCAGACAAUUUAUGGUGAAUGGAAAUACUGUAUAAAAUACAUUUUUUUCUGCUAUAAUGAGUUGAGAAUGCUCAAGUCAUCAAGCCUAGUUAAAGCCAUAAUCGUGGGUUAGUGACAUUUCCACAGCUGUUUGUAGCACUGGGAAGUUAUUUCAUUUGUGUGGCUCUAAAGGGACAUUUUCUCUCCUUUUCCUGCAGCAGCGACAAACACAGUUCUGCUGCAGCAAACAAAAAACUCUGAUCUAAGAGGAUACUGGAGAGCCGUGGUUGUUUCUGUAUUACACGUCCCAGAUUGCGGCUUUAACUUAACAACAACAGCCUUAAAACAUUCAAGUUUCUUUAGUCUUUGUAACUUAAACAUUGCUUUGAAAAUCAAAAUAAUGUCCUGGUUUCUUAACUUAUACUAUCAUGACUGCAAUUUUAUAAUUGCUUGAUUCUUAAGCCUCACUUGAGCAUUUUUAGAGUAACAGUUAUAUUAAUGUAGCGAUGUAUUGAACUACUGUUUUUUUUUCCUGUUUUGUUUUUGAACAAUAAUGGCCUGAAUUUAUCAUGUGUCAAAGAGUAGCAGAGCUUUUCUAGAAUCAGACAUCAAGGAACUGAGGGUCGAGGAAACCAGUCAACAGUGACCCCAAUCAGUGCUGCUGCUAUUCUUUGAGGCGUGAUGAAGAGAAACUGUGUUUUUUGAAACAACAAUGCCUAGAAAGUGGAAAUAAAUAGAGAUCCUACUGACAACAGAGACAGAGACGACAAUGGAGCAUGCUGCAAGGAAAUCUUCAGUGGAAGCUUGUGUUAUUUUCUUCAAAUGAAUGACUCAGGAGCGAGAAAGAAAGUGAGAGAGAGAAACGUUCUGCCAUAGGAUCUCUCAGAGGCUUUAUUUAUUUUCGUGUCAAAAAAAUUAAAAUGAGCACAAUAAAAAUAGCCUUUCUUU